CUGACUCACACAGGGAAGGCAAGCAGUCUAAACACAGGAUUUUAGAAAUUUUCCAGCCUACAGAUUAAUGCAGGACACAAGGACAUAGCAAAAAGCUCAUAAGACAGGCAAGAAGGGACACUACUAGUUUGGUAAAACAUGUCUUUGAUUUGGCUUCUGCUGUAUGCGUACAUCCAUGCCAUUUCUGGCAUGAUCUUGUUUGGAGACAUGGCUGAUCAGGACAGCCCUAUUAGUGUGAGCAUCCCCGUGGAACUACCACUGCGUCCCUUAUUGGGGGGAAGCAUGAUUAUACCUUGCUACUUCCAAGACAACACUGUCCAGGACCCUGGUGCCCCAACCACUGCCCCACUGUCCCAUCGUAUUAAGUGGAGCUACAUCUUCAAGGGCAGAAUAUCGCUUAUUCUCGUUGCCGGAGGAGGCGUGGUGCAGGUUGAGAAAGACUACGUGGACCGGGUUCAUAUGGUAAACUACCCUAUGGUGCCAACUGAUGCCACCAUUGAGAUCUCAGAACUCCAUUCCAGUGACUCCGGUACCUACCGCUGUGAGGUCAUGCAGGGUAUUGAAGAUAACUAUGAUUCUGUAGAAAUGCAAGUCCAAGGCAUUGUGUUUCACUACCGAGCAAUUUCUACCCGAUAUACCUUGACAUUUGAGACGGCAAAGGCAGCCUGCAUCCAGAACAGUGCUGUUAUUGCAACUCCCGCACAGUUGCAAGCUGCCUAUGAUGAUGGAUACCAUCAAUGUGAUGCUGGUUGGCUUUCAGACCAAACUGUGAGGUAUCCUAUUCAUGAGCCAAGGGAGCCUUGCUAUGGAGACAAAGAUAAUUUCCCAGGGGUACGGACAUAUGGAGUCAGAGAUACCAAUGAGACUUAUGACGUGUACUGCUUUGCAGAGAAAAUGUCAGGCAGUGUGUUCUACUCUAUGUCUGUGGAGAAGUUCAGCUUUACAGAGGCUGAAGACCAGUGUGCAAAGUUGGGAGCCCAACUGGCCACCACAGGGCAACUCUACCUAGCAUGGAAGGAUGGUAUGGAUGUGUGCAACGCUGGCUGGCUAGCAGACAGGAGUGUGCGAUACCCCAUUAACAUAGCUAGACCCCAGUGUGGUGGGGGGCUUUUGGGAGUGCGAACAGUUUACCAGUUUCCAAAUCAGACUGGUUAUCCAUACCCAGACUCCCACUAUGAUGCAAUCUGUUAUGCAGAAAAAGAAGAUAAGGUUUCAUCAAAGACCUCACCAUUUCCUAAAAUAUUCACUACAACGGAUUCCAUGAUCAGUGUGGCUACAGUCACCUCAAGCCUGUCAGACUAUACUGAAGAGGUGACCACAGAAGGGGAGGCCCGUGGCCAGCUAAUGACAGAUGAGCCUCUUAACACCACAAGUACAGAAAGUCCUUUACCUCUCAACAUAACUGAGGUUGAGAAGGACAUUAUUAAUUUGGCCACAGCUCUGCCUUACUUGGGACAUGAGAUUCCCAUGGACAAUGUCACUGCUGAAACUAAGGGAGUGGUAUUCCACUAUCGUGAUGACUACAGACGCUAUGGUUACACCUUUGAGGAAGCACAAGUGGCAUGUCAGAAGCUGGGAGCAGUCAUAGCCACCCCUAAGCUUCUUCAGACGGCUUAUGAAGCUGGCCUUCAUCAAUGCAGUGCAGGUUGGCUACAGGACCAGACUGUGAGAUAUCCAAUUGUCCAUCCACAAAAGAAGUGCUCUGGAGAUCAGAAAGACCUCCCUGGCAUAUACUCUUACAAUGUUAGGCCUGCACAUGAGCAGUAUGAUGUGUACUGUUACAUGGACAAGAUAAAGGGGGAGAUCUUCCAUACAAGCUCAUUAGCAGGCUUCACUUACUAUGAAGCUGUUGCCCAUUGCAGAAAACUGGGUUCUACUCUUGCCUCAACUGGAGAAAUGUACGCCUCAUGGAAUCAGGGUUUCCACAAGUGCAGUCCAGGCUGGCUGUCUGAUCGCAGUGUCCGCUAUCCUGUCCGCAACCCAGGCUUUGAUUGUGGUGAAAACAAAACAGGAGUGUAUACGAUUUAUGCUCAACCAAACCAAACAGGCUUCCCAAACCCAUACUCCAGAUAUGACGCAUAUUGCAUCAAAGCAAAUCUGUCUAUGUUGCUUGAUGAAGAUAUGUUGAACACUACAAAGAUAGAGGAUCUUAACAUGACGGAUAUAACAGAGCUGCUGAGACCUGUUCGUCCAAUUGUCCCUCCCUUGCUUGUGGAUCUGUCUGGAUCUGGAUCGGGCUCAGCAUCAGCAUCAGGUGAUCCUGAUUCCAGUUCUGGGUACAUGUCAGGGAGUGGCACACCCAGUGGGAUCAUAUCUGGUUCUGGCCAAAGUGGGGAAGGAUCAGCUCACCUUGUAGGGUACCAAGAUGGUGCAGCUACACUGAUGUGGCAGACAUCUGCCUCAGGCAGCUCUAUGGAGGCAAGAGAAGGUAGUGGCAGUGAUGUUAUCAUUACUUCAGCAUCAUCAGGGGACCAACAAUCUGGGGAGGAAUCUGGACUUUUUUCUGAACAAAGUGGAGGCCUUCCAUCAGGAAUUGGCAGUGGAUUUAGUGGUUCAGGAACAAGUGGAUUCUUCAGUGGUAAGGAAUCAGGCUCUUCAUCAGGACUUGGCAGUGGAUCUAGUGGUUCAGGAACAAGUGGAUUCUUCAGUGGUGAGGAAUCAAAUCUUCUAUCAGGACUUGGUAGUGGAAUUAGCGGUUCAGGAACAAGUGGGUUCUUCAGUGCUGAAGAAUUGAGUGGGUUAGACUUCUCUGGUGUAUCAUUUAUAAAUGAAGAAAUGAUGGAUCUGACUGCAAGUUCUUCUGGAGAACAGGAAUUGUCUGGUGUUUCUCCGUUUAAAUUGACUGAUGUUAGUGGUUUCGACUCCACUUCCGGCUCUGCCUCUGGAUUUGAAUCUGGCACCAUAAUUGACUUUGCAUCUGGCUCUGCCAUUGGCUUUGGAUCUGGCUCUGCUUCUGGAGCUUCAAUUUAUCCCAGUCAUCCCUCAGGUGAGGUAUCUGGCCACAGUCAGGAUGGAAAGAUUGUCAUUCUAACAGAGGAUGUGGUCGAGUUGACGUUUAGGCCUACAAUCGGAACAGAACAGGGUCGAGGAUCAGUGGAGAUCAGCGGAGAGGGCAGCAGUCAAGAACAUUAUGCUGAGGACCGCUCCAUUUCUCUUUCUAAUAGUACUUCAUAUGAAGAUUAUUGGAGUGUCAAUGAAACUGUUGAUCUCCUAACAGAAAGACAUAAGCAACUUAAUGUCAUCACUGAGGCAUUUGAUGUGACUGAUCAGUCACCUCUGAACACAACACCACCCACCACUUCUAUACUAAUUUCUUCACCUUCAGCUUUACUACAAACACCAAAAGCUAUAGAGGAGCCAUCUGUAACUGAUGCUUCUGCUAACCCCUGCGAUCCAAACCCCUGUGGUCAAGGUUUAUGCUCUCUACAAGGUGGCACUGCAGUAUGUCAGUGUCAUUUAGGAUUCAGUGGGGAAAACUGCUCAACGCCGGUACAGGGAUGUGCUGAGGGGUGGAUGGAGUUCAUGGGCAGCUGUUAUAUCCAUUUUGAGGAUCGUGAGACCUGGACCAGUGCUGAGCAGCAUUGUCAAGAGCUAAACUCUCACCUGGUUAGCAUAUCUUCCCAACAAGAACAAGAGUUUGUAAGAAGUCAAGCUCAUGACUAUCAAUGGCUUGGACUAAAUGAUAAAGAUGAGCAAAAUCAGUUUCGCUGGACAGAUGGAAGCCCUUUGGAAUAUGAAAACUGGAGACCCAAUCAGCCGGAUAAUUACUUCAUGACAGGAGAAGACUGUGUUGUAAUGAUAUGGCAUGAGGAUGGCCAGUGGAAUGAUGUACCCUGCAACUAUCAUCUUCCUUUUACUUGCAAGAGUGGACCUGCCACAUGUUCAUCACCUCCUGAAGUGAAGAAUGCCAGGAUGUUAGGCAACAGGAAAGAUCGCUACCCUGUUAAUUCCAUCAUUCGAUACCAGUGUGACAGUGGAUUCACACAGCGCCACCUUUCAGUGGUACGCUGCUUACCUGACGGUCAGUGGGAGGAGCCUAAAGUGGAAUGCAUAGGAGGUAAAACAAUCAACAGGCUACGGAAAAGAUCCCUCAAGACACGUCCAAAAGCAGUCAAUAGUAGAACGUCGAGGAAAGUCCUCUAAAAGAAAAAAACAAAAAAAACACACACCUCAAAACAUCCAGAGGACUGUUAUUAAAAAAGAUCAUCUGUACAGAAGCCUUGUUUACCCCCAAAAAAAAUCUCAAAAAGAAAAGAAUAACUUAUGUAAUGACAAACUUUACUUAAUCCAUCUGGCUGAUUGGUUUACAAGUGCUACUCAGAGCUCUGUUUGGGGAAAAGAAGGAUAUCUGGCUUUAUUUAAAUUUAUUUAAAUAGGAUUUUAUUUCUCCCGCUUACGUAACUUCUGGGCCACAGUAGAUAAUCUAAUCUAAAAAAAAAAACAGACUAAAUUUCACAGAGUCCCUUUUUCGUUUUUCACUUUAAUUACUACAUACAUCACCUCUUAGUCCCUAAAAUAAAAGCAAUGCACAGAAAUUCACUUUACCAUUAGUGUCUUAAAAGCUUUCCUCCAGGCUACAAGGUAACACUAAUGCUGACCUUUGUGAACAUUUUCCCCACUUUCUCUCUUAAAAUUUGCACAAUGCAAAACUGUGAUGUAUUCAGAAUGGAAUACUUGCUUCUUACUUAGUGAAAACGGAAUAAUAUAUUGCCUACAAUUUGAAAAAAUGUUGCCUCUAUUUCAUACUUUUCCUACACUGAUGCUUGAAAAAAGUGCAUUUUUGAAUAUGUAGAAACACAAUAACAGUUUUGGGACAUUUUUUAGUGUGUAGUAUUGUCGCAUACCGUUAGCAUUUGAAUGUAAGUGUUUGUAUUGAGCUUUAUAAUUACCUUAUCUUAACUUUUAGGUUCAUACAUUUACAUGUGGCAACAUUGGCCUUGCAUUUAUUUUCUACAAUUUAAAAGGAGGACACAAGGGGCAAUAUUACCCCAAAGAGCACAUAUAAACUUUGGAAAUCUACCAGAAAGUGUGUAUCCAUCUUGGCGUCUUUGACGUACUAUUUUCAAUAUAUUAUAAUUCGGGAUACAACAUAAAAAUCAAAAUCUUUAUCUGGCAUAAUAUUUAGGGCAGACAGUAUACAAGAUGAACAUCUGUGUAUUAGAAAUAUAAAGAUAAUAAUUUCUGUGCACCUCUGGGUAACAAAUUUCAGAACAAGACAAAAGGCUUUAAUGACCACAGCUGGACACAAUUACAUUUAAGUACAUUAGUAUUUAAAAUUCUUUAAUUAAGAAUCUUUUUAUCUGUUUUGUUGAAUGCUGUAGUUUAAAAUGUCUGGUUGUAUUUUUGUGAAACUGUGAAAUUCCCCAGCUUUUUGCUUCUGAUUCUAGGUCCAUUUGCAAUAGUAUACAAAUGUUUACUCAGAUUAGAAAGAUUUAUUAAUUCACAAGUUCUUUUGAUUUGGCUUUGAUUUGCCUCCAUAACAGAUUUAAGCUCUAAUACUGCCUAUAGAGACAAACAUUUUCAAAUGAGACAGGAUUACAAGAAGGCAAGUUUCAAAAGAGACAAACACACAUGUUGAUUGACAGAGUCAAUCAUUUCCAACAGAGCAAUAUCUUAUUCAUUUUGCACUCUGUCACUGUCAGCUCCACACUGAGCUCGUAUCUGUCUUAGUACCCCUAAAAUAAACAGACUAAAUGUGUGAAUAAAAGCGUUUUUUCCCUUUAAUACCA